GGCUGCAGGGGGAACCUCAGCAGUGGACCCUAAUUUGGAGAGCUUACUACAGUCAUUUCCCAGCGUCAGCAGCGUCUGCAUGGUCUGGCCCAGAGCAGGCCCAUUCGACGGCCAACUCGUUGCUCUUAUUAAGAUCGACUCUAGCCUCCAGAGCAGUAGUAAAUCUCUACCUAUCGACUUCGUUAGAGACGAGAUUUCUUCACUUCGCAUGGCCGUGCAGCAUCCCCAGAUAUGGAUUCCUACCGACUUUGACUUUGCUGACAAACGUGGCUUGCAAACAUGGGUGCAGAACAUGGACGAGAUUACCUACAAGGAGGUCAUGAAGCUUCAGAUUCCUACGCGACGACGGGUGCUGAGGAGGGAGAUGUCCAAGGUGGGGAGUGAGGAUUUGGAGGUGUUUCCUCUGAGUCCGAUGCAGCGGGUUUAUUUUCAGGGUCUCGCAGACAGUGAGAGAUGGACGAAAGGGCUCUUGGUUAGGGUUAAAGGCGGUGCGGAACCGGCUGAUGUCGACGCUGCGAUUGAAGCCAUCGUCGCUAGGCAUGAUAUGCUCAGAGCAAGAUUCGUCAAGGAGAAUGUGUGGAUGCAGUGUGUUCUUCCCAAGGGCACGAAUUCUUACAGUCUUUCGCAUCAUGUUGAUGUUAGUGAGGAUGAGAUACUCACGCUCAUCAACGAAACCGAAGAUGCGAUUGAUCCGUUCGGUGGACCGGUUUUUGCGGCCAUGUAUAUUCAUAACCAGGACAAGCAGAUGCUAUAUCUCGUGGCGCACCAACUCAUCCUCGAUUCACUUUCCUGGAGGAUUAUACUCAGCGAUUUGGAGGAGUUACUGCAAAAGGGCACGCUUUUGUCGGAGGGCAGUGUGUCAUUUGAGCGGUGGAUUGAGUAUCAUGGCCAUGAGAUGGAGCAGAGGUUGUUUGAGCCGACACUUCCGUUUGAUGUUUUCUCUGCGAAUCUGGAGUAUUGGGAUUUGGAUCAGGGAGCGAAUACCUACGGAAACUCAGACCGGUUAUCUUUUCAGCUCACGGCGGAACAGGCAUAUUCUCUCGAACAAUCAUCGGCUCAGGUCUUGAGAACAGAUUCGGCAGAUGUUAUACUCGCUGCACUGCUCCUUUCAUUCUGUCAGGUCUUUCCCGAUAGAAUCCUACCGACGUUAUGGAAGCAGGAAAAUGGACGGGGUGCUUCAGAAGGCGACUUGAACAUCCUGGAAACGGUCGGAUGGUUCGCUUCACUAUGCCCCAUCGGUGUGUCUGUUGAUUCAGAGACAGAUUUGAUCGAGGUCAUCACUUUGAUCAAGGAUACGAGGAGAAACAUUCCAAGAUCAGGCGUUCCAUUCUUCAAUUCUGAAUUUUCAACAUCUCAAGGCGCAGCGAUGAACAUCCCCCUCGAAAUCAUCUUCAACACAAUCGACACCGCGAAACAACUCCAGCGAAAGAAUGGAUUGUUGGAACCUAUCUCCAUCCCCGGCCAAACAAGCUAUUUCAAAUCUACCAUUGGUUCCGACAUUGGAAGGAUCGCUCUUUUCGAGGUCUCAGCGAUGAUGGAUAAUUCUGGAGGUCAGAUUGAUGUGGUGUUCAACAAAACUUGCAAAUUCCAGGACAAGAUCCAAACAUGGAUCCAAGUCUUUGAGUACCAACUCCUCGAAGCAAUUACGAAACUCGAAUCACACGAGCCGCAACUUACACUCUCCGAUAUUCCCUUGCUUCAAUCUUCAUAUCAAGCUCUUGAGAGACUCACGUCAGAUCGAAGGAUUAACGCAAAAGACAUUGAAACGAUACAGCCCAUCACACCAGCACAGCAAGAACUCCUCAUCGCACAAUCCCAAAACAGCGAGUCUUUCCACGUUCAUGUUUCUUACGAACUCACCGGCUUGAAUCACAUCAUCGAUGUUACGAGAUUAUGUGAAGCGUGGGAAGUCAUCGUUGCAAACACACCUGCUCUGAGGAGUAUUUUCAUCGACGCUGUUUCAAGAGAGGGGCUAUUUGAUCAAGUUGUGCUGAAGAAAAUCUCACCGAAUAUUUUAUUCAUUGAGACUAUGGACCCGAGAGAAGCGAUUGGGACGUUGCCGGGCUUGAAUAUGGGGUUUGGUGAGCCAAGACAUAGACUCUCGGUGUGUUAUAAUCCUGAGGGGAUGAUGGUCAGGCUUGACGCUAGUCAGGCACUCUGCGAUUUACCGAGUCUUCAUCUUUUGGUAGCGGAACUAAGCCGUGUGUACUCCGGUCAAGAUCCUCAGGACAAUUCAGCGCUUCAUAACACAUAUCUUCACCAAAUCGCUUCCAUCGACACGGCUUAUAGUCUUGAAGUUUGGAAAACGAGCCUUUCCUACGCGAGACCAUGUAUCUUCCCACCCCUCUCAACAACCACAAAGGACACUUUCCACGCCGUCCCUUUUGAUCUCGAUAUUCCAACGAUGCAAAUGCGCAUGUUCUGCCAACAGAAUCAAGUACACGCCCAAGCUGUCUUCCAGCUCGCAUGGGCUCUCGUCUUACGUGCCUUUGUAGGCAUGGACGCCGUUACAUUUGGAUAUCAAUUCUCUGCGCGCGACGAACAACUCCUCUGUGGGAUUGAAGAACUUGUGGGGAGUUUUGCGACCAUUUUACCGUGUUGGAUUGAACUUCCGCCUUCUGCUUCUUUGAGACAAUGUCUCGCUAUCGCGGGAGAAGGGUAUUCUAAUGCUAGGAAGCAUGAUAAUCUCACCAUGUCUGAAGUUCAGCAUGCGUUGGGGCUCAAGGAUAAGAGCUUGUUCAACACUUGUCUUUACUUCCAUGAGGAGAACAAUCUCGUCGCGGGCGAUGAGUUGAUAACCACGCCUUUGACAUCUGGGCGGAAGACAGAUUGCGAUGUGUCGCUUACGCUUAUGUUUAUCAACGAUCGAUUACACGUCAACUUCACAUCCCGGCAUCUUUCAACUUCUCAGAUCCAGAGUGUUAUGAACAGUUUUCACUCAGCCUUGACGCAAAUCCUCACAACAUUUGAGAAAUGCAUCGCGGAAAUAGACCUUCUUACAGAUAGGGACUACGCCCAACUCGUAGUUCAAGACUGGACCACCCAAUCUCAAAAGAUCUCUUCGUGUCUCCACGACGUGAUUCUUCAACAUAGUCUUCUUCGUCCAGACGCAGAAGCUAUAUGCUCAUGGGACGGCGACAUAACAUACGCCCAACUGUCAACGCUCGUCUCACGCCUAAAAACGUACCUCGUCAAUCUCGGCGUCGGGCCAGGAACUAUAGUCCCUGUCGUUCUUGAAAAGAAUCACUGGGCUCCGGUUAUAAUCCUAGCUGUUCUCUCAACCGGUGCUUCCUUUGCAGCGUUGGAUUCGCAGGAUGCUAGUACGGUGAAAUCGACUAUUGAUUACCUCAAUCCUCAUAUCGUUCUGGCGACUGAGACGGCUUGGAAGGAUCUGAGCUCGUUGGCUAUUAAUCUGGUCAUUGUGAAUGAUACCUUCUUUGCGAUGCUAACGCCGUAUCUUUCGACGAUGGGGCAAGAGGCAAGUCCUGACCAUGCAGCGUGUAUAUUCGUCACGCCCAAGAAACCGAGGAGUAUUUUCUUCACGCAUGCGUCGUUACUGUCUGCGUUCUUUGCACAAGGACCGGCGUUAAAGCUCAACAGUGACAGUCGUGUUCUUCAACUCUCAGCCUUCAACGUCGAUAUCUCCCUUGUGGAAAUUCUUGGGACGUUGGUUCACGGUGGUUGUGUCUGUAUUCCUUCACCGCACGAAAGAAUCAACGAUAUCGCUGGUGCGAUGGCUCGAAUGGAUGUUACGUGGUCGUACAUGACGAGUCUUAUCGCGAGGAGCAUUCAUCCCGAUUCAGUACCGAGUUUACGAACGUUGUGUUUUCGUACGAGAAAACUUGAUCCUGAUACGUACAUGCCGUGGCUGGAAGAUCAUGAUAUUCUUCUUGCGUACGGCGCACCGGAUAUUUGUCCGCUCGGUAUUUCAGUCACGGAAGUUGAGAAGGAUAACAGUCUGAAUGUCAUUCCACCGCCGGUCACAGGUCGUUUUUGGGUUCUUAAUCCUGAUAAUCCUAAGAAACUCAUGCCUGUCGGUGCCAUUGGUGAAUUGGCGAUUGACAGUCCUCUCGUCACGCCUCAUCGUUUUGCACUGGAUAAACCACUCGUUGCGCCGGAUCCUAUGGAGGGUGAUCGGCAUAGACCUCGAUAUCUGAAAACAGGACAUCGUGUUCGAUAUCUCGACGAUGGAAACGUUCAAUUCAUUUCUAGCGUUCGCGACGAAGUAAGAGUCGGAGGUCUAAUGGUCGACGUCGCUCAAGUUGAACAACUCCUCCGUCGUUGUCUAGGCCAAGGAAUCGAUGUAGUCGUUGACUCCGUCACAAUGCGCGACUCAGGGCCUUUACUAGCUGCGUUUCUUCAACUCGGUCACGCUAUGCAACCUAACGAGAAUCUUCACACCCUUGCCCCUGAGACUAGAGAACGAACGUACAUCGCUAAGAAGAUGUUUGAAACGUCCCUCGAGAACCCAACGUCGAACACCCCCCGUCUUCCACGACACUCUAUCCCCGCAGUGUUCAUACCCAUUAGAGCAUUUCCAAUGUCAACGUCUCUAAAAGUCAACCGGCGAAAACUCCAACGCAGCGUCGCUAACCUCUCAACUCACGAUGUUCUGCUUAUGUCGCACGUUCCUAACCCAGGAGAAAUCCAACGUGUGACUCUCUCGCAAAAACCCCUGCCCUUAACAGGCCCAGAAGAAGCAAUGCGAGAAAUGUGGGCAAACACACUUGGGAUUUCUGUAUCAGCUGUGAAAGGCUCAAGUACCUUUUCAUCAGUCGGUGGGAAUAAAUACCUCGCUGCUCACCUCGUCAUCACAGCUCGCAAGGGGGGUGUUUAUAUCUCACUAUCUGAUCUUUUGGAUGAACGGUCACUUACCGAGAUAUGUCGCUCUGCUGAGUCUUCUACGAGAAAACUCUCAGCUAGAAAACAGGUUGCGAGAAAGAUUGAUACGAAAUUCGUCAAGGAAGUUAUAGCACCGCAGCUUGGAGUGUCUUCACCAGACGUCCUCGACUUCACUGAAGCGUCCUCGCAACAAGUUCGCGCUCUCGAACUAGGAAUGUUUCCAAGCCGUGCAGAUAUAAUCUGUCUUGCUCUUCGUUUCAACGGUCCCAUCGAUGCAUCGCGUCUCGAAACAGCGUGCAAGGCCCUGAGCGAUAUGCACGCCAUUCUCAACGUAGCGUUUAUUUCGCACUUGCAUGCCGUGUAUCAAGUCCAUUGCGCUUCUUUCAAACCACCAUUCUCGACGAUUCCCUGUACUACAGGCUCUCUAGAGGAGGUUACUCAGAAUCUCAUCAAGGAGCAUCAAACUCUGCCUUUUGAUCCAACGACACCUGUUACGAGCUUUGCAUUCUUAAAUGCAGAGCAACAAGGCUGUUUGGUUAUUCGUCUAAGUCAAUCGCAAAUCGACGAUGUAGCAGCUCAUUUGCUCGUUCACGAACUUACAUCUCUUUACGAAGGAGACGAUAUGACUGAUGUACCGAGAUCUUCGUAUCUUGACUACACGCGCGCUUCGCGAGUAACGCGUGCUCAAGGUUUAGAAUACUGGAAUGUUCAACUUGAGAAUGCAAAAAUGACAAAGAUCAUCGCUCACACACGCCCUGUUCCUCCAGCGUCUCUGUCUGAGAUUCGAACGAUAAAACAUACAACUUCUCUAGGCCAUUUAUCCUCCUACGGAAUGACCCCCGAAGCAGCGCUAAAAGCAUCAUGGGCCAUCGUCCUGUCUACACUCUCAUCCUCCCACGACGUUCUCUUUGGUGAAGUAAUCCACACUUCAAACCCUGAUAUAGUCGGCCCUAUGACAAACAUCCUUCCUGUACGGGUUCAAUUCCCUUCCAGUCACAGUACACCUCUCGAUCUCAUGAACUGCAUCCAACUUCAGCGCCAAUCACACUCUCGCUUCGAAACAUUCGGGUUUCAAGAACUCAUUAACAAAUGCACCAACUGGCGCGCUUGCACACGCUUUAGCACCGUCGUUCAACAUCAUAUCCCUGGACCGCACGAUGGAUCGUCGACGAUGAAUAUCGACGGUGCGACGUUUACGUAUAGGAUGGUAGAAGCGUGGACGAGGGACUUUCCAGAUCUUUUUGUAAGAUCGAGCAUCGAAGCGAAUGAUCGUGUUGUUCUGGAAAUUAAGUACUCUGAGGAACGACUUACUACGGCGUUUGUCCAAGGUUGUUUGAGUUUGCUUGUUGCAGCGUGGGAGACUAUUACGCAUCCUGAGACGAUUCAUCAACCGAUGGUUCAUUCGUCAGAUGAGAUUUCGAGAUCACAGAGGCAGACUCCUUUACCUGCGAAACAACCUCCUCAGGGACCGCCCGUUGAAUCUCUUGAUUCAUCUCAACGAAAGGAUCUUCAAGUUUCUAUUGUCAAGGCCUGGGACAAGGUUAUAAAACCUUCUUCCACAAACAUCCCAAAGGAUAGAAUCCCCACGACACCGUUCUACGCUAUCUCAGGGUGCAUUCUUCCCGCAUACACCCUCACGGCUGAACUCAACAACGUUCUCCCCGUCAGCAUCACACUAGAAGAUGUUUUAGCCCAUCCAAGCAUGCACUCUCAACUCGAGCUCGUAACACGACUUCUCCCUCCCAAGUCAGACUCUACAUCCUUACUGCGACCAAAGUCAAAAUCCGGUCCUGAACGCUCAACGACAACAGCACUUCGCAACGGGCUACGAAAUCUCAAGAACAGAAAUAGUAUGCUAAGUCUAAAGAGCAGCUGGAUCAAGAACAAGCGCCCUUCAACGGCUCAUUCAGACGAUGAACCCGUCCCGGUUAUCCCAGAGACAGUACCAGAAGCACCCGUUCAAGUCCUAUCCCCCAUCCCAACAAUCGUCAUUCCGGAGAUUGGGUCUUCAGAUACACCUGUUAGUCCAAGCGGUCCAAUGUAUGAACUCGACGGUGGCCCUGUUCUCGGUGAUAGACGAAGUAGUGGAGGAUCAUCAUGGACAACUGUUGAAGAGGGAAGUCUGAUGAGCCCAGUAAGCCCAGUUAGUCCAGGACGGAGGGUGUCGACAUGGGGAAGUAUGUUUGAACUACCCAUGAGAGGAUUGUCACCAUUUGGAAACAGAUCGCCGAGAUGAACACUCAUUGUGAUUUUUUAUGUUGUGCUAUGCCUGUUGAGGCUGAUGGAUAAUGAUGAU